AAUGGGUUGGCGUGUCAGUUUUAGAAACAGAAAAUAUCGUAGAUUUAAAGGGUGCUUCAAUAGUGUUCUUCUGCUCUGGGUUCAUUCUUGGCCAAAGUUUCUUGACCAUUUCGGAAACUAGAAAUGGUAUAAUCGAAGCUUUGUUGAAAGAUAGAGACUGCAAUGGGAAAGCAAGGGAGUAAAGAAUAUGAUCCUUCUAAUAUUGGGAGGAGAAUGUCAGGGGGAGAUUACAGUUUGAAUUCCAAUAUGUUGUGGCUUCAUGGUCUGAAAAGUCAUGACUUUCAUGUUCUACGAAAUGAUUCCAUGAAGUAUAGUACUUGUAAGGGAAGCUUUGUGGGGAAAAAGCAUUUGUGGCUUCGGAAAGAUGUGAAGUCAAUCGUUUUUGUGUUUGUUUUGAUGGGUUUCCUUAUCCUGCUUGAUACUUUUCUGGUGUCCUUUUUCGAUUCUAUGGUUCUUCAGAACAGUUCAACUUUAAGAAAAUCUCUGGGCCUUAAGGAGGACAAAAUGGAUGCCUACAUUAUGAAAGAAAAAUCACCAGUUCAGAUGUAUGAUCGCCUACUAAAGUUGGCGUCUGCAUCCCUUGCAAAGAAAGAGUUCAAGCAAGAGUCAUCAACCUUAUGGGAAGAACCAAAUAGGAGGCAAGUUGCUGCAUGGAAACCUUGUGCGGAUAGAGAAGUUUCGAAAAGCCUAGGAAAAUAUAAGAAAAGUAAUGGCUACAUAAUAGUCAGUGCAAAUGGUGGUCUCAAUCAACAACGAGUUGCUAUUUGCAAUGCUGUUGCUGUGGCAUCUCUUCUAAAUGCUACUCUUGUUCUUCCAAGAUUUCUUUACAGCAAUGUGUGGAAUGAUCCUAGUCAAUUUGGUGAUAUUUACCAAGAAGAAUAUUUUAUAGAUGUAAUGAAGGAUGAAGUAGACAUUGUCAAUGAACUCCCCUCUCAUUUGGCAUCACUAGACCUUGAAGCAAUUGGUAGCCUUAUUACUGAUGCAGAUCUUGUGAAGGAGGCAAAACCAACUGAUUAUGUUAGAACUGUGCUUCCUAUCCUCUUGAAAAAUGGAGUUGUUCACUUACUGGGAUACGGGAAUCGACUAGGCUUCGAUCCAUUGCCUUCUGAGCUUCAGAGACUAAGAUGCAAAUGCAACUUCCAUGCUUUGAAAUACGUGCCCGAAAUCCAACGAGUUGGUUCUUUAUUGGUUACAAGGAUAAGAAAAUAUGAUGCUGCACUGAGUAUGUUGGACAAACAAUUGCUUGGAAACUUCAUGCACAGCAUUCACUCAAAACAGCAUGAUGCUGCUGCAAGAGGCCCGUUCAAAUAUCUUGCUCUACACUUGAGAUUCGAGAUUGACAUGGUAGCCUAUUCCCUCUGUGACUUUGGACGUGGAGAAAGUGAGAGAAAUGAACUUCAAGCAUACAGAGAAAUCCAUUUUCCUCUGCUCAUCGAGCGCUUAAAGAACUCGAAGUCUGUUUCUCAAAGUGAGUUGAGAAAGUUGGGGAAAUGUCCAUUGACACCGGAAGAAGCAGCGCUAGUUCUUGCUGGUAUAGGUUUUAAGCAUAGAACUUACAUUUACCUAGCUGGAUCUCAGAUAUAUGGUGGAAACUCCAGGAUGAAUUCCUUCACUAACCUCUAUCCUAAUUUGGUCACAAAGGAAACUCUCCUCACACCAAGAGAACUUGCACCUUUUCAAAACUUCUCUUCCAAGUUAGCAGCACUAGACUUCAUUGCCUGUGCAACUGCCGAUGUGUUUGCUAUGACUGACUCCGGGAGCCAACUGUCCUCCCUGGUAUCUGGAUUUCGAACCUAUUAUGGUGGCGGCCAUGCUCCUACUCUGCGGCCUAACAAGAAGAGGCUAGCAGCAAUUUUGUCUGAGAAUAGUACCAUAGGCUGGAAUAGUUUUGAAGACAGAGUUAAAAAGAUGAUCGAGGAAGGUCAAAGGGUACAUGUAAGGAGGUUUGGUCGAAGCAUUUAUCGACAGCCAAGAUGCCCAGAGUGCAUGUGUAAAUCCUACCUUUGAUGCUUUUUAAACAUUUGACAUUCAUUUUUUAGAUGUCACAUUACAUAUGAUUCUUUUAUUAGCAGCUACAUCCAUGAAAAAUAUCAUUACUUUUUAGCUUGUU